AUGAGCUACAGCAUACGCGUCUUGCCCAGCGUGGAAGCGCUAACGGACCCUCCGAAACCUUUGCCUCAUAUUUCCCCUUCAUUUACUUUGAAACAUCUCGGGCAGGAACCUGAAGAUCCCAUCAUUGCACGAUUCACUCACUCUCUCGAAUCCGGCCACGCUAAAAUCAUUGAUGUUGGUCUCGAGCCCGUUAAGAGGGGAACCCUUCAUGAAUUUCAGCCUCCAGGUGAGAAUAUAUGGCUUUCUACACCCCAAACAAUAGCCAAAGAUAAUGUGCUUUCGUGGGACAGUUUCCAGAAUCCACCGACGUCCAUAGGGGAAACACCGUACUUGUCGGAGAGCCUGGAUGGAACGUUUGUUGCUUCCCGAUUUCACGUUCAGCCAUAUAUCAAGACCGAGACAUCUCAUUUUAUUCAUGUAUCUGCAGAAGAAUUUCACCGGUGCAUGUCUUUGACUUUGUUCGGCAACUCCUCAACCUUGUUCACCUGGGAUCGAACAAAGGACGCCUUCAGACCUGCCAGCACCGGGGACGCUAUCCAAUGCAUCCUGACUAUUGAAGCUAUCGGCGAGGCGUCGGUGUCGAGUAUUCUAGGACGCUUCCUUUCAAUCGGAGCGAUGUUAAGACGCGUCGAGGAGGUGGUUCUGAAGCUUCGUGCUGAAUCUCCUGGGAGUGUAGCGGCAUCAUUUGCUCAUGGACUUGCAAACAUAAUUGAGCACAUGCACUCAGUUUCUCUUCCACGCAUUCAUGCCGUGCAUCCAAAACACCUCUUGUCACUGUGGCUUGAGUAUGAGGAGCUUGAAGAAGUUUUACUAGCCCUUGCUUCUUUGUGCAAUCGGGGACCAGGCCAUUCUCCCCCUUUCCCGCCUUUCUUCACUGAGUCAGCCAAGCUUACCUCCAGGAUAUAUAAUCAUUUAGCGACUCACGUACGCUUGAGCUCUUCUCAUGCGAUCAGGUGCAAUUUGGCGUAUCUCCUUACUGUAACAUCUCAUAGCACCCUCCGCCGAAUGGGUGAAUCCAUCGGCCUGAUUGCCACUGAUGCUGCUCGGAAAACUGGGAAGGGGAUCGACCCUCUCUAUGAUGAUGAUGACACUUUACGAACUCAUGCUCUUAUUGAUAAUCUCCCUUCAUUCAUCCCCCCCCAGUCAUCGUCCCUCAUUGACCGUGCCCGAAGGUCUCUUGAGCUACUCCGAGUUGCAAAGCCUGAUCAUCCUGCAUGUCACAAGGACGAUUUGUGGGAAGCAUUGUGUGUUGGAUGGGUUUGGACUCAAACAGGUCUCGAAGGUCUCAUUGUUUCAAUGGAGAAACACGUUAAGGACCUCAGUUUUAGAAUUGAUGACUGGCGUCAGCGCGCAACUAAUCCGGACAAUCGGUCCUCCGUAUCCUCCGUUUUCCAUGUCCCUCCCAAGGCCGACGACAUCCAAGUUGUCAACCCCCUUAUGCCAACAGUGACUAAUAGACUCAAGGGCACCUUUGAUGGAUUCAAACUGUUUGAUUUGGAGCCAGGGGCACAUUUGGCACAAUUCAAUUCCUUAGCGCAACGCCCGGGUUCUUCGUACGACAGUUUUAUCCAUAAAUUUCCCGAUCAACUCCCAUUAGCCGCCCCGACGCUCGAGAUGCUUAUGGAAGCAACAUGUCUGCAGCCACUGCUAGCACACUCAAAAAUCUUGUCAUCAUCACUUCGAGAUCUUUUUCUGUCCGACCUCGGCUUCCUCUCUCAUGUUGAUCUCCUCCAUCGCUUCCUUCUGAUGGGAGACUCAUCCUUUGCUUCCAGAUUGCGUCGCGCUUUAUUUACUGAGGAGAAGGAAGACGAGGACUCUAUUGGACGUGUUCAAUCGCGGGGUCGCAGCAAGUCAAGGCGAAGUAAACGCAAAGGUAUUUGGGGAGUUGGUCUUAACCCGAACCUCAAUGAUCGAGGGACCUGGCCGCCUGGAGGCUCUGAGCUUGCAUUCUCUCUGCGACGGGUGAUUGUAGAUACAUUGGAUGAAGCCAGAUUGGAAUCUGAGGACGGCGAAAGGAGGACCGGCGGGGGUCGUCUGCGGGAUGCGAUUUGGAAGGAGGGAGAAUGGCGGUUGGGAUUUGUGAUCCGGCCGGCAGAAGAGGAUGAUCAGGAUGACCCAAGCUGGCUGGAUCCGACCACUGUGCAUGCAUUGGAUUUUCUGGACAUGAAUUACAAACCCCCGGAAACGUUGCUGACGUUGUUGAGCCCGGAGCUCUUAGAGAAGUAUAAACGCGUGUUCGCUUUCCUACUGAAGCUGUUACGAGUGGACACUGUAUGCCGUAUGCUCUAUCGAUUUUCCCGCGGCAACACAUCCAAUCUCUGUAGCCGUCGGGUACCAAGGCUGGCUCUGCACACCUUCGCCUUUCAGGCGCAGUCAUUCAUCAACUCGUUCGUGGCUUAUGUUCAGGAUUGUGCAAUUCGGACUCACCACGAUGCCUUCACUGGGCGUCUAUUGAAGCUUGUUCAUGGUAUCCCAGGCACCCAUUCUGGGCAUCGGUUGACAGACGAUAGCUAUGACUCGGAUGACGCAUCCGAUGACUUGUCCGAUAUAUUCUCUGUUUUGGCAUACCACCUCAAAACAAUGGACGAUAUAUUAGAGGCAUGUCUGCUUAAAGCGAGACAUAGGACUAUUGUUGGGGUGGUAGUGGAAGAAUGUCUGCACAUUAUUCUUAGCUUUGGACAGCUCAUCUCCGAUGUCGCGGAAGGAAAAUUGGAGGCACAAGCUAGUGGGGAACGUGUAAUCGGGUUGCAACACGAGUUCCAUGAAGCCGUCAGAAGACUGCUUGAGGGCCUCAAACUGCUCAUCGAGCGUGGUCAGGGGAAGCGGGCCACUCAAGUGGGUCUUGACUUAAGCAUGGAUGGAAUCUCCAAGAGAGAUCAAGAAUUAAUCUCACGGUAUUCGAAUCCAGGAGGCAAUGCGGGCGGUUUCCACCAGCUGCUUGUGCGGCUCGACAGUACGGGUUGGUACGCCGCAAAUGACCGCUAG